AUGUAAAUAUAAAAUAAAACUGAAUCAAAUAUAUCCUCUGAAGAUGAUAUCUUAGAAAUUAUCUAAACUAUUCUAAACAUUAAAUAAUAAUAAAAUCAAAUGAAUUUUCUAGAUAAUUCUUAAGAUUAAUUAUAAAAAUAAACAGAAUAAAUAUUAAUUCCAUAAAGAUUUAGAUUUAAGACUAGUCAUAAUCUUGGUGAAAUUAAAUAAAGAAAACUUUCAUAAUAUACAGAAAAAUCAGAAAUUGAUGAAAUAAAGGAUAAUCAAUCAAAUGAUAAUGAAUAUCUUUAGGAUUUAAUAUAAAUAUCUCCUAAAAAGCCUUGGCAUUUUAAAUCAGUUAUAAUUGAUAGCAGUAAAAAUUCAGAAAAGAAGAUGGAAUAUUUAAGUGAAUAAUAGAUUAAAUCAUAAAAUUAAAAAUCAUUAGCAUCAAUAUCUUCUAAUGCAAGUUUUUAAGAUUUAGGAAUUGUAACUUUAAAAGAAGAAUUGCAAACAGUCUAUUCUUACGAUUAAAUAUAAGAAGAUAAAAAAGAAGCCUCAAUUUAUUGUUUUGAUACUAAAGAGAAAAAUCAAACUAAUCCAUCUAUCUCUUAAAAUACUAAAAAUAUUUAUUAUGAUAAAAAUAGACUAAAUUUUGAGAUUAUUAGUUUAAUUUUAAUUACAAUAGGAGUUGGUGGAUGGGUAUAUCAAAGAUCAAAAUGA